UUAACAAAUGGAACAAUUACCACUCUAUUCUGUUUGCUGCUGUGCUUUACCUGCCUGUCCCUUUACUUACAGUGCAACCAUCAGUGAUGUCAUUAAUUAAUUGGCUGAUUGAAUAUAUAUUCUCACUUCCGGCUCCUCUCCCCAUCCCAUUGAGAGAAAGAAGCCUUCCUUUAGGUUUUGUUUUGUUUUGUUCGGAGACAAAAUUGGAAUAAUCCUGGUUUGUGGAGACCAUCAUGGCAACCGUCAUGGUGACCAGAGCCAGAAACAGUAGGCGGGUGAAACAGGAUCCAAGCCCUCCAAAUGAAGUUGUGUCUUGCAGAAACGGACCCCAGGCAGAACAGAAGACCUCAAAUAGGUCUGCAAAGAAACCCACCCCUCGUCACGGAGAGAUGCCGCCCGAGAAGGAACCCGAUGAAGAUCUGAACGGUUGUCUAGGACAGGUGGAGGAGAAGCUGGUCACCCUGGCCUUGGAAGAAGAGGCGGACGAAUGUGUGAAUGUGGCCCAGAGCGGACUCUGCCUUUACCGCCAGAUGCACGACCAGCUUUUCGAGCACCAGAAGGACGGCGUGGCCUUCCUGUACGGCCUCUACCGCGAAGGACGCGAGGGGGGCAUUUUAGCCGACGACAUGGGCUUGGGGAAGACCAUCCAGAUCAUCGCUUUCCUUUCGGGAAUGUUUGACGCAAAAUUGGUCCGUUCCGUCUUGCUGGUUAUGCCGGUGACGCUCGUGAAUAACUGGAAACAAGAGUUCGCCAAGUGGGCGCCGGGAAUUCGGGUGAAGCUUUUCCACGGGACGAGCAAGAAAGAGCGCGGCCAACACUUGCACCGCAUCCAAACCGAAAAGGGGGUUCUUUUGACGUCCUAUCAGAUGAUCCUGGCCAACUGGGAGCAGCUAUCAAACUGUGACCAGCAAGCCUUCAUCUGGGAUUAUCUGAUCUUAGACGAGGCCCACAAAAUCAAGAGCCCGUUGGCGAAGACCACGAAAGCCUUGCGCGCCAUCCCGGCUAGGAACCGCGUCCUCCUCACCGGGACUCCCGUGCAGAAUAACCUGCAAGAACUUUGGUCUCUGUUUGAUUUUGCCUGUCAGGGCACCCUCCUUGGCACGGCCAAAACUUUCAAGAUGGAGUACGAGAAUCCCAUCACCCGGGCGAGGGAGAAGGACGCGACCUUGGGGGAGAAAGCUCUGGGUCUCAAGAUCGCGGAGAACUUGAUGACCAUCAUACAGCCCCAUUUCUUGAGGAGAAGUAAAGAUGAAAUCCAGAAGCUGAGAUCGGAUCAACUGCCUGGUUCGGCCGGUCGUAAUACAGUGGAACUCCCUUCUCUUCCGAGAAAAAAUGACUUUAUUGUUUGGGUUUACUUGUCACCCGUCCAGGAAGACAUUUACAGGAACUUCCUUUCCUUGGAUCACAUUAAGGAACUUUUGAUGACCACCCGUUCCCCCUUGGCGGAGCUGACCGUCCUGAAGAAACUCUGCGAUCACCCCCGGUUGUUGUCUUCUCAAGCUUGUCUCCAGCUUGGUUUGGAAACUUUGAGUCAAGAGGACGGAGAAGAUGCCGUGGGCCUGAUGCAGGAGAUCCAGAAAGUAUCUGAGAAGGUUCUGAUUCAAGAAUCUGGAAAGUUGACGUUCCUGGUCGACUUGUUGGCCAAGCUUCGGGAAGAAGGCCACCAAACUCUGGUGUUCUCCUUGUCGAGGAAAAUGUUGGACAUCAUAGAAUGCAUCCUGACCCAACGGUGCGUCAAGUUCAUGCGCGUGGAUGGCACGGUGACCUGUUUGGUGGAACGCGAGAAGAGAGUGAGGGACUUCCAGGAGGACAAAAGCUACUCGGUCUUUCUCCUGACCACUCAAGUCGGCGGCGUGGGCCUCACUUUAACAGCCGCGACCCGCGUGGUGAUCUUCGAUCCCAGCUGGAAUCCAGCCACGGAUCUGCAAGCUGUAGACCGAGUUUAUAGGAUCGGGCAAAAGGAGAACGUUGUGAUCUACCGUCUGAUCACGUGUGGGACGGUUGAGGAGAAGAUCUACCGGCGUCAGGUCUUUAAGGACUCGUUGAUAAGGCAAAGUACAGGAGAUAAGAAGAAUCCGUAUCGCUAUUUUAGCAAGCAGGAACUGAGAGAGCUCUUUGUUCUGACGGAUACGAGAAGGUCGUUGACUCAACUUCAGCUCCAAUCUUUGCACGGAACCCAAAGGAACUCGGAUGCUAAUCUAGACGAACACAUUGCCUUUCUUUACUCGUUGGAGAUGUUUGGCAUCUCUGAUCAUGAUCUGAUGUAUACAUCUGAAACGAGUCACGAGGAAGCUGAUGAUGAGGAGGCGCACCAGUACAUUCAGGACCGUGUCCACAAGGCUCAGGAGCUGGUCCAGUUAGAAUCCCAGCUCGUGGACACUAAGAAAAGGACAAAGCACUGAUUCUUUGUUAAAAUUAAUCAGGAGUUAAAGCCAGUUUUCGUGAUUCUUCAAGGAAAUGAAUCUGGAGUUAAACCCAUUCCCAAGAUGUUCUCUUAGACCUUUCCUGUAUUUUUUCUUCCCAUGAACUUGAUUGUCCAGCUGAACCUAAAACUUUCUCCAUCACCUUCAGGAACCAACCUUUCUUCUUCAACUGACGUUCUUCUCUGGCAAUCUUGGGAUGGUCAGCUUCCAGAAAGAAGCAACUGAAGAUGUAUUGUCCACUCAUCCACUGACUUUCUUCUCUGCCCAUCUUGGAUUGGUCAGCUUCUAGAAAUAACUGAAGAUGUAUUGUCCACUCGACAACUGAUGUUCUUCUCUGCCCAUCUUGGUCAGCUUCUAGAAAUAACUGAAGAUGUAUUGUCCACUCAACAUGUUCUUCUCUGCCCAUUUGGAUUGGUCAACUUCUAGAAACAACUGAAGAUGUAUUGUCCACUCAACAACUAAUGUUCUUCUCUGCCAAUCUUGGGCAGCUUCUAGAAAUAAGCAACUCAUCAACUGACAUUCUUCUCUGCCAGUCUUGGGUUGGUCAGCUUCUAGAAACAAGUAACUGAAGAUUUAUUGUCCGCUCAACAACUGAUGUUCUUCUCUGCCCAUCUUGGAUUGGUCAGCUUCUAAAAACAACUGAAGAUGCAUUGUCCAUUCAACAACUGAUGUUCUUCUCUGCCCAUCUUGGACUGGUCAGCUUCUAGAAACAACUGAAGAUGUAUUGUCCACUCGUCAACUGAUGUUCUUCUCUGCCAAUCCUGAGUAGCUUCUAGAAACAAGCAACUGAAAAUGUAUUGUCCACUCAUCCACUGACAUUCUUCUCUGCCAAUCUUGGGUUGCUCAGCUUCCAGAACAAGCAACUGAGGAUGAAGUCCAUUCCAUCAUGACUUCGAGGCUGCUAGCUUUCUGCUGAUGUUAUGAAGGCCCAUCGUGGUGGGAUCGGCUCAAUGUGAGUGAAGGUUGCAAACCUGCAAACCGGAUAUGGGGUUUUUUUCCCCUACCCUUUAGAGAAGGAGUAAGUCAAAAGGGAUCCCGUGGAGACAGAAUUAAUUCCCGUUAUGUCCUCUUCCUGUUUCUUUUUUAUGCUUUUGUUUAAAAAUUAAGUAUAUCGGUAUCAAAGCUGUAUGUUUUUCAAUGCUAGUAAAAUGUAUUUUUCCUAUUUAAAAAGCCCCUGUGCGCUUUACUACCCUUUAGUAAAUGUUCUAAGAACAGGAAGCACUCAAUUUACGACCACGAAGGAGCGGCUAAGCGACACCGUCGUUAGGUGAAUUUUUCCCCAUUUUACGACCUCCUUCGCCGCACGCGUUAAGCCGAUC